AUUAAAAAUACGCUAUUUUGUAAGGGUAUUAAGAUUCACAUUGGUGAACACGUGUGCUUUUUUAAAGUUCCUCACAAAAUUAAUGAGCAGAAAUGAAUCCGCGUUGGUUUGUCAUCAUUAAAGUACAGGUUAGCAUAUUUAACAUCAGAUAUUACGUCCAAUUUGAAAGCGAGCGAGGCUUUGUAAUGCAGUGUUGUUCUGAUUGGCUCUCGGGUGAUCGUUGGUGACGUCACGCGCCUCGGCCCCGCCCCCGCACUCUCCAGAGCAGGUAGAUGCUCGUCGGCUCUCACUCCUGCAGUCCGCUCCGGGAGUCAGCUUGUGAAACUCGAGCCGCGAUGGGUCGGAAGGAGAUCGACUGCAGCUGGAAGAAAAUCACCAACGACAUCAAGGACAUUUUCGACUUCAAGGAAGUUCUGGGGUCGGGCUCGUUUUCUGAGGUUUACCUGGUGCGAGAGAGAAAGACGGGGAACUUCUAUGCCCUGAAGUGUGUGAAGAAGAAACAGCUGCAUCACUCCAACCUUGAGAACGAGAUCAAAGUGCUGAAGAGGAUAAAGCAUGAUAAUGUGGUGGGACUGGAAGAUUUCUACGAAACGAGGACACACUAUUACCUGGUCAUGGAGCUGGUGUCAGGCGGAGAGCUCUUCGACCGUAUUCUGGAUCGAGGUGUUUACACGGAGAAAGACGCCAGCCGUGUGAUCAAACAGGUCCUGGAGGCCGUUUCCUACCUGCAUCAGAACAGCAUCGUCCACAGAGACCUGAAGCCUGAGAACCUGCUGUACUACAGUCCAGACGAGAGCGCCAAGAUCAUGAUCAGCGACUUCGGUCUGUCCAAGAUGGCCGAUCACGGCGUGAUGUCCACAGCCUGCGGAACACCAGGAUAUGUUGCUCCGGAGGUUCUGGGUCAGAAACCGUACAGUAAAGCUGUGGACUGCUGGUCUAUCGGCGUCAUAACCUACAUCUUGUUGAGCGGCUACCCGCCGUUUUAUGAGGAGAACGAAACGCGCCUGUUCUCCAAAAUCAUGAAGGCAGAAUACGCCUUCCACUCGCCGUACUGGGACGAAAUCUCUGAGUCAGCAAAGGACUUCAUCAGGCACAUGCUGGAGAAAAACCCUAACAAGCGCUUCACCACCGAACAGGCGCUCAGUCAUCCAUGGAUCAGUGGAGACACGGCACACAAUGACAACAUCGUUCAUUCGGUCUGUGAGCAGAUGCAGAAGAACUUUGCCAAAUCUAAAUGGAAGCGGGUCAUUAACGCGACGGUGGUGGUCAGUCACAUGCGGCGGCUCCAGCUGGCCCACGCUGACCCUCCGGCCCCGGCCCCGCUCAUCCAGGUGCUGGACAUCUCGUCUCCCGGCCCGCCCCCCGACGAGCUGGACACCAAUGGGAACCCCUCGUGCAGUCACAUGACCCUGUUGCCUCACGCUGAUGUCAGCAGGGGGCGGGGCCCGCUCAAGGCCUGCAACAGCGAGCCGAUGCACGCGCUGGUCAUCUGUGAGACGGGGCAACACGCGUAUUGCUCCGAGUCCGACCUGCCCUGCGCCACCAACAGAUCGGACAGAGUGACAUGUUGCACAGAUGGGCGGGGCCAGUCCCUGCAGACCGGGGUUUGCUCUGUGAUGUGAUGGGAUGAUUGACAGCUGUCAGUCAAAUGAAAUCCUGCGCUCGUAGGAUGAUCAAGUGUGUGUUUUUCACGGACUUUUCGGGAUCCGUCGCAAGCCGAGUGCCAAUCGCACACACGUCUGCGUCUCAAAUCUUCAUCUCUCACUAGUGAAAGUGUAAUUUCGAGGAGUUCGAGAAUGUCAUUUCUUUCAGGAAUUCAGGAUGAGGCAGGUUUAUUGUAUUAUUAUCGUCUGUAUAUUCGUGUACGAUAGUCGUGUUUGGGCCGAUGGCGGUGCAUCAUGGGAAGGGCGGAUCACAUGUGCCACUGUUUUACUGUACACGGCUGCAGGUUUGAGUGUUUUUAAGCUAAGAACUGUGUUUAAAUCUUAUUUUCUGAUUUUAAACACGCCGUUGUAUUCUCUAUAUUCAUGUUUUAUAAAUGCAUAUAAGAUGAUUGUAUCUGAUAUUUAGGGGCUUAUUACUGUAAUCCAUAAACACGCUGCUGUAUGUCUGUAUUAAAAAAACAUAAAAUGAUUUACACACCAACAUAACAUCCUGGAGAAUUCAUCUGUGUUUUAAUGUCAUAUUAAUGGAAUUUUACCUUCAAAAGUUGGCUAUGUUUGUAUUCUACUCGUAUGAUAUCAUCUCCACUAUGCAGAAAUUUUUGUGCACGAAAUACCUACUAAAUUUGUAUAAAAGUGCAGUACUCUGGUGAUAUUUACACAAACGUAGAUUAAAAUAUGAAAUGUAAUAAGUAUAUAAAAUAUAUACCCAAUUUGAUUUUAAUUUUAGGUGAAGUUGAAUCAUUUUCCUAUGUGCUUUUAUUUUUUAUUUAGCUGUUAGUGAUCUUACUGGUUCAGUGAAUCGAUUCAAUCGAGUCAGCAAAUCAGUUCAACAAAUCGGUUCACUUGAUUCAGUGAUUUGACUCACUCCAUCCACUAUUUGACUCAACAAGUUGUUUCACGACUGAUUCAGUGAGUCAAUUCAUAACUCUGAUUCAGUGAUUCAUUUGCAUCGCCACUCAAAAAUGUUCACUGAAUGAUUUA